AUGGACACCCCACCAGUAUCAAUUGACAACACUACAAAAAAUUAUGACGAAAUGAGAAAUUUGGAUUAUUCAGAUUUGAAUGUAAAAACGAAAAUAAUUGAAAAUAUCGACGGAGAAAAUAGUGACAAAAAUGCUGAUGAUUCAUACCCAGAUUAUGGAGGCGAAAAUAGGGAAACAAAAGAGUACAACAAUGAAAGCAUAUCAGAGAAAUAUGAAAAAAAAUCUACAAAAGAAUUCGAAGAAAAAUUCGAAGACGAUUUAAUGAGUGGUGAUGAAUACGCAGAAUCAUCAGCACCAAGUAAUUAUGGAAAAUAUAAAGACAUAAAUCCAGAUGAUUUAAUAUCUUUUUAUGAAAAAGAGAGCAAUGAAGAUGUAAAAGAGGGUGAAUGUAUUCAAACAAAUAAAAUUGAUCACUAUUUAGACAAAAAUUAUAAAGGAGAAAUAAUAAUUGAUGGAAAAAAUGAAGUUAAUGAAUUUUUACUUGUAUCUAGAAUGGCAUAUUAUGAUAUAGUAAAUCAAAGUAAAGAUAAAAUUUAUGAAAAUAAAGAAAAUAAUUCUUUAUACUUUUUAAAAGAUCGAGCAAGCAAAGGAUGUACAAAUGAAGACAAUUUUGAUGGUGAACACGAUAAUGAGUCACUAUUGAAGAGCCCGAAAAAAAAACUUAAUAAUAACAAAGGUAUUGAAACUAUUUGCAAUGAUAUGAAUGAUUCGAAGUAUGAAGGGGAAAACGCGUUUAAUACAAGCCAAGCGAACAUUGAUCAUAUUCAAAAACAAUACACAGAGAAUUCAUCUGAAGAAUCUGAGUGUGAAACGAGAAGUAUUUGCUCAUUUCAAAAUGAAAAGGAUGAAAUUAUAGAUGAUGAUUCCAAUAACAAUAGUCAAAAUGAAGUACUUGAUGACGAAUCUCUGAACAAAUGUGAUAAUGAAGAAAAAAAAAUGGAUAAAAUUCGCUCUAAUUUAUUACCACAUACAGGCAAAUACGAAAAAGAAGAUAGAAUACGAUUAAUGGGUAUUCCUGAAUAUGUGGAAAAGGGUUUAAAAAUCGAAAAAAUUGGAAAAUUAAUUAAAAAAGAUAAUGAUAUAUUAACAAUUCAUUCUUUGAAUUCCAAAUAUUAUUUAAGUGCUGCAUCUGUUUUAUGUUUAGAAAAUCGUAAAAUAAUUGGGUGCAUUGUUGAUGUAUCCUCAAAUGAAACAGAAGUAUUUUAUUCUGUAAAAUUAGUUUUCCCAAGUUUAGAAGAUGAAAUAAAAGAAAACAUAGAUAUAUAUGCCGAUUUAAAACAUUCUUUAUAUAUUAAUGUUGGCACAGGUUUAUGUUCAGAAUUAUUUAAAGUAUUAAAAAAUAAAUCAAUUCCAUAUAUUUUUAUUAAUUAUAAUGAUCUUUACAAUAUUUCAGAGACACAAUUAUUGGAAAAUCAUUCAGAUACUAAUCCAGAUAAUAGCAAUAAUAAUUCAAAUGAUAAUAAGGGGCAUAAUGGAAAAGGUGAUGAACGAAAUAAUAAUAACAAAGAUAAGAAUAAAAAAAAAAAAUUCAAAGGGCAAAAUAAAAAUUUGCAAAUAUUUAAUAAUAACAAAAACAACCGAAAGAACAAUUCAAAUAAUGAGAAUAAUAAUAUUAUACCAUAUGAAAAAAAUGGGAAAAUGAACCAUUCAAGAAAAUACAAAAAAGGGAAAAAUUUUGGCAAUGCGUUACCCUAUUCUCAAAAUAUGAACUUAAAAUUUAAAAAUUUAUCUUAUGUAAAUAAUAGUAAUAUUAGUGAAGUGGGAAAUAUGAUAAACAAGAGGGGUCAUAAUAAUCCUAACAAUACAAAUUACAUGUAUGUUAAUCAUUCGUUAAAUAACAAUAUGAAUAAUAUUUCGAAUGUUAAUAUUAAUAAUUUAGCAAAUAUGACCAAUAUAAAUAAUAGUAAUAAAAAUGAAUAUAAUGCUUUUCAUAAUCCUAAUGUUACACAUAAUUAUAAAAAAAACAAAAUGCAUAAUUACAAUGUUAAUUAUGCUAAUAUAUAUAAUAAUCACCAAAACAAUGUAAAUAUGGCAUACUCUAACGAAAUCUCAAAUAAUAUGCACCCUCAAAAUUAUUAUGAUAUUCAUCGAACAAAUUUUAUCAAUUUUAAUAAUUCCCCUAACUUAGAUAACAAAAUGCAAAACACCAUUUAUCCUCAACCUAUGGAACCAGGUUCAAAUUUCUACAUCAAUAGGCCACCAGCCAACUGGAAUAAUGCUGUUAUUUCUCAUACUAAAUAUAAUGAUAAUUAUACCAAUUAUAAUAUUAAUGGACAAGAGAAUUACCGUUAUAUAUCACAAAAAGUAUAUAAUAAUAAAACUCAUCAAGAACCAAUCAAUAAAACAAUGUUCAACAAUAACAAUGAUAUUCCAUCAAAUUUUAAUCCUAUCAAUAUUAACAAUUUGUAUAAUUACAAUGAUUUUAAUUCAAAGAAUUAA